AUGGGAGAACGAAGUCAAGAUCCUUCCAAGUCAAGCUCCGGAUCCAACACCAGUUCUAAUUCAACGUCGUAUGCAUCACUUAAAAAUAUCGAGAAUAAUGGAACUACCAAGAUCAGCGUAGACAACAACCAAAAUCACGCAACUCCAUACAAAUUGUACUUGAAAAUAAAUGCUAAUCGAGCUGCCGACUUGGUCACGACAACAGAUACCGAGAAGGAGACAAACACAAGUAAAUACUCAUCGAAGAAAUUUAUCAAUCCAGUGCUAGUCGCCAAGAUUAAUGACAAGAAGAAAGUGACACAGAGAAAAACCAAUACCAAUCAACCGAGUUGGGAUGAUGAGUUGAACAUCUCAUUGAAACGAGGAGACUUGUCAUCGAUUUUGAUGAUUUCAGUGUGGGACAAGCACAAACGAUACAAGAACUAUCUAGGAGAAUUGAGAUUGAGUCUAGAAAAUCUAUUUUUGAGAGAGGAUGGAAGUUUUACUGAAAAGACUGAAUUAAAAUGGUAUGGUCUUAGUUCCAAUUCCACAGUUCAUGCAUUCGUCACUGGGUCUAUUUUACUAUCAUUUGAAUUGUUUGUCAAAAAGAGAAAGUCACGAGUUGUCAAGGGAAAGGCAGAUGUAGGGUCAAAUAUAGGUGCACAAAUGCAAGGUUUGAGGAUAAAUGUGACAGAGCAGGAAUUCAGGGCAUGGUUGAGAAGCUUGAUUGAGCCUGAUUCAAAAGCACUUCACCUGUUGACACCAGAUGAGCAAGGAUUUUAUGAUGAGGCGAUGACAGAUGCAUCUGAAAUGGAGUCUUUAGCAACAAAGAAGUCUGCCGGCUCAGCUUUAAGCAAUGACAUACCUCUAAACAAUUCCAAAAUGGACAAUUUUCUCAAUGUUCGUGGUAAUGACAGGUGUGCAAGCUCUUUUUCCGAGCAGUCAUCGUAUUUAUCAACUGAUGCAUAUAGUGACGGAAACUUGUCUCAUGGAGGUGGCGGGAGAAAAGAAAAACCAAAGAGGAGGUUGGGUAUAAGGAAAAUUAAUCAUUCUCGUAACGACCUUUUCAAAGACAAUAAAUUUGAAUUGAGAGGGCGACAAGUAUUGGGUGUUUUGUUUAUUGAGAUUGUGUCGUGUGAGGAUUUACCACCAGUAACAAAUUUCACUCGCACUAGUUUUGAUAUGGAUCCAUUUGUGGUUGUGACAUUCGGUAAAAAGACGUUUCGAACAAGUUGGAAACGCCAUACUUUACUGCCAAUUUUUAACGAACGUGUUGCAUUUGAAGUAAUGGCUCAUGAAAGUAAUUACACGGUUCAAUUUUCCAUUCUUGACCGGGACAGAUUCUCUUUCCAUGAUGAUGUUGCGCAUAUAAAGUUGGGCCUUCGGGAUCUCAUUGAAUUGUCACCAUUCCAGUCCUUAAUGGAUCAUGGUGUGUCGGGCUCAGAUGCAAGUAUAAAUUUAGAACCAGGAUUUUCCACGGGUGAUAAUGACACUAAUCUGAAUUCCAAUGUCAAGAUCUUGGAGGACGACAACAUCGUCAAGUCGGUUAGAAGAGGACGGUUUUCAAAUAGGAGAAAAAUUGUUGAAUCCACGGUGGACACAUCAAAAUUCAAAGUGAUGUCUUUAAAUCUUGAUUUGCAUGAUCAAAAGUAUUUGGGAAAGUAUUCUCCAAAAUUGAAGAUCCGUGUUCGUUUUGAAACUUAUAACGACUUGAGAAAGGAAUUCUGGAGAGUGUUGUUGAAGCAGUACGAUUUGGGUGGGACAAAAGAAGAUGAAGCGUAUGACUACAUGGAAUUGAUCUCCCUCUUGGAUGCAUUGGGAACCAAGGAUGCAGAUAGUUUGGUUGAGGAGUUUUACAAAAACUUGCGUAAAAACUACUCAGCUGAUUCAUUGACCUAUGAUGAGAUUAUCGAGCAAUUGGAAAUCCACGUCAGCUUAAACGACCAAAAUUCAAAUAGGAUAUUUGUAUUUGACACAUGUCCCUUGUGCUCACAAAAGAGGCUUUCAAAAAAACAAGAUAUAGAUAUCAUCACCCAUUUUGCAAUUUGUGCUUCCAAGGAUUGGAGUAUAGUGAAUAAACUUCUUGUUUCAUCUUAUGCUACUCCACGUCACGCAACCAAAAAGUGGUACUCCAAAGCACUUAUAAAACUCACAUAUGGGAAGUAUAAAUUGGGUGGAAACACAGCAAAUAUCUUUGUUCAAGAUCGGUUAACAGGUAUUAUUGUGGAGGAGAAAAUGAGUGUUUAUGUUCGGUUAGGGAUUCGUUUAUUAUAUAAAGGUUUGGACAAAGCUAAAUCAAAGAGGGUGAGACUAUUACUUAGCAGUUUGAGCAAGAAACAAGGAAAGAAGUUUGACUCACCACUGCUGAAGGCUGAUAUUGCAUCAUUUAUCAAAUUCCACAAACUCAGCCUUGAUGAUUGUUUAAUUGAUAACCCCGAUGGAUAUCCAACCUUUAAUGAAUUUUUUUACAGGAAGUUGAAACCUAAUGCUCGAGUCAUCGAGGAUGAGGAAAACGAGGGUAUUGUUUCUUCCCCGGCUGAUUGCAGAUGUACCGUAUUCGAUUCUGUCGAUGAUGCUACAAGCUUGUGGAUAAAAGGGAGAAACUUCUCUUUAGCAAAGUUAUUUAACGGAAAUUUCCAGAAUUUGAAUACAACUAAUUUAUAUAAACCCGAUCAAUGCUCUUUGGGAAUAUUCAGGUUGGCACCACAGGACUAUCAUAGGUUUCAUUCACCCGUUUCUGGGACAAUAGGUCAAAUCAAGUAUAUUGAAGGUGAAUAUUACACAGUGAACCCGAUGGCUAUUAGAUCAGAAUUAGAUGUGUUUGGAGAAAAUGUACGAAGUGUUAUUCCCAUACAUACUGAAGAAUAUGGCACGGUAAUUAUGAUUGCUGUAGGGGCCAUGAUGGUGGGGUCAAUAUGUCUAACGAAACAAGAUGGUGAUUCAAUUGAACGAGGAGAAGAAGUCGGAUACUUUAAAUUUGGUGGAUCAACGAUCAUUUUGUUGUUUGAUAGAACAAAAUUUACAUUUGAUAGCGAUUUGGUGUCAAAUUCCAAAUCUUGUAUUGAAACAUUGGUCAGAGUUGGUCAAUCAAUUGGACAUUCACCCGGUGUUAAUGAAUUCAAGAGAGACCAUGUUGAAUUUGAUCAAUUACCACAAAAUACCAAAUUGCAAUUAAUUCGUGUGUUGACUGGUGGUGAUUUAACUGAUAAGCACCAAUUGAGUAAUUGGGAGGCAAGUCGAGCUGGAAUAGAAGAAGACGAUGAGGAGGAUAUUUAUGUAUCGGAUUCAAAUAUUGAUUUUGGUGCCGAUUCGUCAAUGGAUGAGGAGGGGUCGAUCACUUCGGGGUAG